AUGAGCUCGUAUUUUGUAAACUCGCUCUCCACGUGCUACGGCCAAGGUGGAAUUGACAAUUGUAGCAGCGGAGAAAGUUUAGAUGGCCAGCCGAAUUAUAGCCAGCAAUCGCGGCCAGUGUACCACCCGGGCUACCCGGGGGCCCGAUACCCUUCCUUUGCCCACAAUGCGCCGGCUAGGGAGAGGCCGCCCGAGCAAAAUGGCGACUAUUAUGGUACGGCCCGUCUAACUCAUCUGCCUGCCAGCCAUGGAUCGACUGGUCAGUGCUCCCCCCCUGUUAACCCCCACCCUGCCCAUGGGGCAAGUCCCAGUCCUAUGCCCCUGCAGUCAAGUGAAAGGGCGUGUAUAAAUAACAACAAUAACAACAGUUCGAACUGCAACAACCCACGAACAGAAACCAGUCCGUUUUACCCAAACGGGCAAAUGUCCAGAGAGCCGGGUACCCCUUCGCCGGCUCAUAGCGGACAGGGGCAAACUACCCCCUCAGCUCACUCACCAGGCACCCAGCAGUACGCCACACCCCCACAAAUCUACCCCUGGAUGAGGAGAAUGCAGUACGGUCAAGAUGGGAGUGAAGGGGAUUCCAAGCGUUCACGGACGUCGUACACACGCCACCAAACCCUAGAGCUGGAGAAAGAGUUUCACUACAACAAGUAUCUCACCAGGAGACGACGUAUAGAAAUUGCACAUUCAUUAAAUCUGACUGAACGACAGAUUAAGAUUUGGUUUCAAAACCGACGAAUGAAAUGGAAAAAAGAGCAUAAAUUAUCACACAUAGCCAAAAACAUGAACUUGUGUCAGACAAACUCUCUGGUGAUGGAAAAGCACAUGAAGGAUACGGAUAUAAAACCAGCAUUGUAGACAAUCAGCCGUAUGCUAGUAAGAGUGGAAGUUGUUAACAGAAAGUGGAUAUAUCCCUGUGCUAGGCAGUCAUGCAAAAACCAUUGCCUUCGGAGGAAGAUGUGCGCACGGCUAUCUUGGCACCAAGCGCUGAGGCCGUAUCAACAUACCAGCAUUCUGGGAGACGUACACAAUGGCAUGACGAGUGCACCGAAAUCCGUAUAGAACUGUUUUUUUUUCUAUGAUAACAGGACAUCUCCAGCAUGGGAAAACGCACACGAAAACUGUACCGAAAAUGGUAGAAAAUGGGCGCUGGCGGUUGUUGUACGUAGUUGUAAACAUUGUAACAUUUUCAGGAAGAGUGUGGUAGCGUGUCGUUGUUGUUGUUAGCUUUAAGCAGUAGGUAUGGUUGGGAGAGUGUGGAAGAUCGCAUGUUAGUGUUGCAGAGUGCAUGAAUUGUAUACACUACACGCUGAACCAAGAGAAAGAACAGUUUCACGGCGUGCAGGUAAUGCCAGAGAGUAGCGACAGGAACCCAGGUACCUGUAGAAAAUUACCAUUGCGGUGGUCACGAUACGGUGAAUUCCCUGCAGUUGUUUUGCCACACUAACAAUGGCUCCUCUCACUAUAAUGUUGUUUAAUUGGCCGUGUAAUCCACACACCGUCACCCAGCUUUUCACCUAAUGGUCAGCGGAAUUUUAACAGAACAAACCCGAACAUGCCUCAGCAAUGCGUGAAUUCAGUCUGUAACCCAUUGUCCUGCAAACAGUUGCCAAACCCCUUGAUCCUUUUUUCGGGAUCCGCCAAAGUAGUCGUUUCAGAAUGACAUGCAGGCUGAGUUAAGUAGCUGACUAUAAGGACACGGUCAUUAAGUCACUUAGGCACGGUUCCACUUGGUGGAGCGGUUACAGUGGACAAUGGACACUUCGCCUUUUUGUGGUUUCACACCUGUUUGCGAACAUUUCUGGAUAACUAUGUUAGAGACCAGUGUCCCGUAAGAAUAUCCCCACCCUUCUCUCUGUCCGAUGUCUAGAAAAUAUUUGUGUCCAAACUAGAUCCCUAUAUAGUCAGAUGACGCCAUGUAUUUAGCCCACACACAUCUCGAAAGAGAAUCGUGCUAAAUCUGUGACACUCGUCAGCUCCACCUAACGUUAGGUCAGAUGGAGUUUCUGUUGAGAAGCAAUUCUUUCCAGCUCACAACAGAUGUGUACAGUGUAUAAUAUCCCAUAACAUCUGAUAUCAGGACGAAUACGUACUGAAUAAGAGACCAAUACACAUCCUAUCUUUAGACCGAUGCGCUACUGCUAGAACAAAAAUCAUUUCUUCCAUUGGAGAGAAACAGUAAAGGAGAAAUUUCUGUAUGAUUGCAGUACCACUGGCAUUUAUAACAGGAAACUGUGACUAGAUAUUAACGCGGUUUGCAAUUGCAAAAAAUCAAGUUAUAAAGAAACAGAUCCGCUUAAAAAAAUGUCCAAGGUAGUAGUAUGGAUUUGUAAAAAAUUAUUGAACCAAUAAGUGCAUAGCUUCGAAUACUUCAACACAGUAGGCGUAAUUGUAUGAAGACAUAGUUAAGAGGGAAUAUUGUUUGUGUUUAUGCAUUUGUAUUUGGUAUCACCAGGGAUAAUAUAAACCAAAUACUUAAAACACUUGAUUUAUUCGAUUUUCUAAGCUCUUGUAUUUGGAUUGUUUCAGUGUCCAAUCUCUCUACACCUUUGGAGUAUCAUGCACGAGCUUAUAUCAUGAGCGGUAAAAGGGUAAAACAAAUGUACAAUUUCCAAACGCCAAAGUAUAAUGGGUAUUUUGGAUCGUUCUCGCCAAUGGUUCAAGAACGAUUAAUGUCAAUGUAUGUGUGUAUGUGUGUGUGCUUUGUAUAGUUAUUGGUUUCACCAAUCAAAUCGGUCGUUACCAGAACUGUAUAUUGUACUUGGCGACUUUAUAGUUCCAAUUCAGAUAAUGUUUUAUGAAUGUGCAUAUUUAGCUCUAAUAUGCUGUGUGUUAUAUAUAUUUAAAUGCACAGUGACUGGAACUUCGUGAUUUUUUUAAAGAUAGUGCUGUGGCUGAUGGCAUAGAAUACGGUGAAGCUGAAUGCUACCCUUGUUUGUCUGUGAACCCUCUUUUUCCUACGUGUACUACCCCAUCUGGGAGAUUUUUAGUGCUGAUAAAGUAUUUAGAAAAGGCCAUUUUCAAUAAGUGGUCUAAUAUAUUACGUGAUGGCGUAGUGUAUUGUGAGUUAAGAAAAGUAAUCAUGAUCCAUGGUAAUUGGAAUAAGGGUCUAAAUAUAUUUCAUAAUGUUACUUAUUUGCACCUGUUUUUAUUUAGAUAAAUAGGUAUUCAACAGUUGGGCUGAGUUGGGAGUGAUCUGGUCAUUAACAGGACGUGUGAUUUCAUGUCUUAUUUUCAGCUUUGUUGGCCGGGGUGAACUACUGCUGAUCUCAACAUGUUGUCUGUUUGUACGUUAAUUAAACGUAGAAUGAUAUCGUUGCUUUAGAGCGUAACUGUUGCUCAGCACAAAAUGUUUCUUUGUUUUAACAAUGGUCAGUUGUAUUGGAUGACAGAAAAAAUAAUUUUAUAUCUGUGCUUUGUUUUUUGUCUGACAAACAGGGUAAAUGUGGUAACACGCGGGCGAAGGCCGAAGUUACUAGUACACUCGUUAAGGGUAAAAUGUAAACACGUAUAUCAUCUAUUAUCGAAGGGUAAAGUCUAAACAUUUCAAUUCUCAUCGUCUUUGUUUGUCAUCGUGUCUCUGUGUAAUUGACCUAUUAUGACUGCGUGUGGUGUCUCCAAAGAUUCCCCACCUAAGUCCAACAUCGGCUAAAUUAAACAGCACCUUAUUGUAUAUUGUAUCUUGUCGUUAUGUUUUUACCAAUAUUGCGGAAGUGUGUCUAAUUACAGAAACAGACAUUCAUUUUAUUAACCUGUAUCUUACGUGAUGAUUACAACACAACAGGGGUUUGUCAUAUACUUGAUAAAAGGACUAAUUAUAAUCACCAAA